AUGGCGCGGUCGGGCAUUCCCUGCGCCAAUCUCAAGGUUUUUUUCGUUCAUCCAAAAUCAGAUAUUCAAAAAAAGUAAAAUCUUAGAUCGCCGGGUUUGUCGUGGCGAUCGUAGAAGUCAUACUAUGUGCAAUCGCCGUCUACGGUCUUUGUCGAAAUUUCCACCUUUUCGGGUCCAGUUACUUCUUCUGGUUCAUUGUCGGUUUGUCUUGGACGUUCUAAAUUCAAUGUGUCACAAGUUUCGCAACGAAGUCUUUGCAGGAAUCAUAUCGGUUUUCGUGAUCCUCCUGGCCAUUCUUCUACUCAUCUACGCCAUCAAGAGUGAAAAAGCACGAUUCUUAAUACCUCACCUCUCAGCUCAGGUGAUUCACAGCGAAGUUCUCGCAACAACCAAAUUUUUUAAUGACGGGAAAAAUGUUUAGUGACCACUAUGGAGGCUCGCCAAGGACUACUUGGAGAGGACUCUUAAGUGGCCACUAAACCCACCUCUAUAAAAAGCCACUAUUUUCCGUUUUAGUGGCCGCUAUAGAGUAUCUCUAUUUAGUGGCCACUUCAGUAGUUUCUCAUCUAGUAUUCCUUCCAGUUCUCUGAUAAUUUUGAAACAAACAGAUUGGACCAGUAAUGUUGAUCCAUUGACCCCUAAAAUGGCCACUAAAAUUUUUAGGGGUCUAGUAGUAGCACUUAGACCUCUAUACUGGCCACUAAAAAAUUUUCUCAAACAGGAGUUUUGUUGAUCCAUUGACCCCUAAAGUGGCCACUAAAAUUUUUUAGUGGUCUAGUAGUAGCAAUUAACCUCUAUAGUGACCACUAACUUCUAACCCCUUAAGUGGCCACUAGGUUUACUACUAUAGUGGCCAUUAAAACGUCAAAACCCUAUAAUGGCCACUAAAAUUUUUCCCAGGAAGUCCUUUUUUACUUUGAAAAAUUCAAAAUUUCAUUGCAGAUCUUUCUGGUGAUAUUUUUGAUCUUGAUUGCUCUCAUUGUCACUAUUUUGCUUCUUUUUGGCGCCUACGGCGGUAUUAGAAACCUGCUCGGCGUUAGUAACUACUACAUGAGCGAUGAUGGUUCGUUCUCCUUUAUUUCUUUGAAGUUAAAAAACAACUUUAAGCAACAUUCAUCAUGGGAAUAAUGAUAAUCAUCAUCUAUCUCCUCGUCGCGAUCCUCGAGAUUUUCUUCAUUUACAUCGUCUACAGCCUUUACAAGUACGUGCGAUAGUUUCUUAGAAAACAGAAAAUCGAUUUUUGCAGGCACCUGUGUCACUACGAGAAAAUGGCGAACGCCGAGGAAAACCGCGAAAAAUGGCAGCCUGUGGGUGAACUGCCCAAAGUGAGCUGGAUCUUUCUUCGAUUGAAGUCGUGGUUACUAUUUCCAGGAUAACAAACAUGGCGCACCGACGAUGGGAGACCAAUAUCCGUACGGCGACGAACGACGCAAUUUUGUCUAA